AUGAAGCUCUCCACCAUCCUUGCCGCAACCACAGCUCUCCUGACCGGUGCCAAUGCCGCCGUACCGCGUCUUGCAGAGGUCCAUAGCACCGAUAUUUGCUGGAGGGUCUGCUUUCCGGAGAAGCCACAUUGUCCUGACGGAUGGCAUGACAAGAAAUUCGGCAGCGACGAGGAUGAUGAUUCAUUGACCAGCAAGCUUGAUCUGUUUUGGCAGGCGUAA